AUGAGGAGUGGAGGUGAAGGGGUGGCCGCAGCGUCCCCUCUUACUAACCCCCACAUCCCCACCCCCAAUCAACCAACCCCCUGUAACCUCACCCCCCAUUUCAACCGCCCCCUGGAACCGCACUCCCUCCCCCCUUUUCUUCCUCCAGACCCCUCCCCACCCACGAUGGUCCCUGUCCAAUUCUUCACAGGUGGGGCUGCUGGUCACUGGUGGGGCUGCUGGUCACAGGUGGGGCUACUGGUCACAGGUGGGGCUGCUGGUCACGGGUGGGGCUGCUGGUCACAGGUGGGGCUGCUAGUCACGGAUGGGGCUGCUGGUCACAGGUGGGGCUGCUGGUCACGGGUGGGGCUGCUGGUCACAGGUGGGGCUGCUGGUCACAGGUGCCUGGUGCUGGCUGCUGCUGGCGCAGGUGCUGAUGCCUGGUGCUGGCGGCUGGCGCUGGUGCCUGGUGCUGGCGGCUGGCGCUGGCGCCUGGUGCUGGCGGCUGGCGCUGGUGCUAGUGCCUGUUGGCGCUGGUGCUGGUGCUUGGUGCUGGCGGCUGGCGCUGGUGUUGGUGCGUGCUGCUGGUGCUGGUGCCUGGUGCUGGUGGCUGGCGCUGGUGCCUGGUGCUGGCGGCUGGCGCUAGUGAUGGUGCCUAGUGCUGGCGGCUGGCGCUGGUGCUGGUGCCUGGUGCUGGCGGCUGGCGCUGGCGCCUGGUGCUGGUGGCUGGCGCUGGUGCCUGGUGCUGGCGGCGGGCGCUGGUGCCUGUGCUGGCGGCUGGCGCUGGUGCUGGUGCCUGGUGCUGGCGGCUGGCGCUGGUGCCUGGUGCUGGCGGCUGGCGCUGGUGCUGGUGCCUGGUGCUGGCGGCUGGUGCUAGCGGCUGGCGCUGGUGCUGGUGCCUGGUGCCGGCGGCUGGCGCUGGCGCUGGUGCCUGGUGCUGGCGGCUGGCGCUGGUGCUGGUGCCUGGUGCUGGCGGCUGGUGCCGGUGCUGGUGCCUGGUGCUGGUGCUGGUGUUCCGCCGCCACUCCCUUCCCCCUUUUCCUCUCUCCCCCACAACAUUUCGCCGCCACUCCCUUCCCCCUUUCCCUCUCCCCCCACAGCGUUCCACCGCCAAUCCCUUCCCCUCCUCCCUCUCCCACCCACAGCGACCAACGCUGCACACGCGAACAGUCGCGACGAGGGGGGUGA